CAAGAUCAAGGCCUCCAGCACAUUCUUGGCCAUCAGCCUUGAGAUGAUUCCACCAUCAAAUCUCAUCGUGUCUCUCAAGGGCACCGGCGUAGCAACGGUGGAGCUGAACCGCCCGCUCAAAAGGAAUGCCUUGUCGCAGGAUCUGAUAGAUGAACUCACAAAAGCUCUUCGCCAACUCGAUCGAAGUCCAACAGUGCGCGCUGUUAUUCUGACCAGUUCCGGAGUGGCUCCCUUCUGUGCUGGGGCCGAUCUGAAAGAACUGGCCGAGGUGACAACGGCGGUAGCAUAUCGCAUGAGCUGGUUGAAGAGUCUCGACGAUGCUCUCACUGGCUUCCAGAAACCCAUUAUCGCAGCAGUGCAGGGAUAUGCGUUUGGCGGAGGAUUCGAGCUUGCGUUGAUGUGUGAUAUGAUCGUUGCUUCGGAAGACGCCCAGUUUGGCUUUCCAGAGAUCAAAUUAGGUACCAUUCCUGGAAUUGGUGGCACUCAGCGUUUGACCAAGACAAUUGGGAAGCAAAAGGCAAUGCAGCUGAUCUUGACUGGGACUCCAACAACAGCGGGUGAGAUGGAACGUCUUGGCGUAGUGAGUUGUAUUGCUCCAGUGGGGCACCGUGUCCUGGACAGGGCUAUGGUGGUGGCACAGACCAUCGCGUCUUUCUCGAGCCCUGCAAUUGCACUAGCCAAACAGGCAGUAAAAGCGGCCGAGACGACGACGCUCAGAGCAGGCUUAGAGCUUGAACGAGCGUUGUAUUACAGUAGCUUCUCUCUUGCCGACUGUCAGGAGGGCAUCGCGGCAUUCUUGGAAAAACGACCUGUUGAGUUUCGGCAUCAAUAA